UUCCAAAACACCGGCUAAAUUUCAUUCAAAAAUAAAUAAAAAAAUCAUGGAAUAUCCCGGCGAUGAUCCAAGUGCUCACAACAUUGAGAAGCUACUCGUUUGCGUCGACUAUCCCGGAAAGGUCUUGAAUCCAGAAAAGGCAAUUGCGACACUCGGUGGCAUUGAUGAAGUCUCAAAAACCUUUAACAACGAGAAAAAGCACUUGGAAGUGCGAUUCAAUCCAGAAAAUGUCUAUUGCCGCAAAGCCACGGGAGAAAAAGUCUCCGGCACGGGAAUGCUCGUGAAAGUUCGCGUAAAGAAAAAUCCAAAAACUGGCACAAAAGAAGUCAAAGAAGCCUCAAUUAUGGGAAUUACUCAAGAAACACAUCAAUUUAACAAUUUAAUGGACUACAAUUACAUCCCGCUGCAAAAAGUCAAAGGAAAUUUGGAGUGUAUCUACAACAACAUCGUCCCCUCAGGGAUUUUACCCUCAAGUUACAUCGAAGAAAACAAAAACGUCCCAUUAUUCCUGCCACCGCCCGUUUUCUCACGCAUCGAAAUCCCCCAAACUGGCCUUUUCAAGAAAAUUGAAGCUGGCACCUCUGACACGACAACGUCAAAGGACGAAAAUGUGAUUGGCGUGAAUCGAAGUCGUCGAAAAAAUUACGCGACUUGCAUGAGGUUCACAAUGACGGAACCAAUUCCGGCCAAACCUCACAACUCGGCUUUCGAUUCGAUCACCUUGAAAGUUGUGAGUCAGGAAAAAAUCGAUGCCGUCAAAGAAACGUUCAAAACGCGACCAAUUUGGACACGUUUAGGCCUCAUUGAGAACAGCAAAGUGAGUGCUGUUGAUGUCAAAACCAUUCUUCCCAUAGUCGCUUAUUAUUACUCUUCGGGCCCCUGGAGACCGUGCUGGGUGCGUUUCGGCUACGAUCCACGCGAACAUUUCGAGGCGCGCAAAUAUCAACCGAUUGACUUUCGGUACAAAGGAAUUUCCGUGACAAAACGCGAAAGCAAGACGAAAGAAAGUGUCGACGGAAAUGCCUCAAUUUUCACGGAGGAAACAAUUCCCGACACAAAACUCACUUUUUACCAAUAUUGUGACGUGCAAGUGCCAAAAAUCCAGGAAAUGUUGGAAAAUAUGACGUCGCAUGGUGUGAAAUGUGACGAAAAACGGGGCUGGUUACCGCAAGGGUUUCAAGAUGAGUGCCGCGAAAUCAUGGGAGAGAUCGUUAAAAAUAAUUUUAUGAGAGUUUACCAAAGAGAAUAUAUCGACUAUGAAUCUACGAUUGCCGAUGACGACUUGGACGAUGGUGACGAAGACAUGGAAGAAGAAGAAGAUUUGCCCGAAUCCGAAAAAAUGGAAGAUUAAAUAAAUUUUUUACACUUUUUCGAAAAAUACCUUU